UAUAAACCGACUCCCGCUAUAAUAUAGCUAGUGUCAAACAAAUCAUAAACGCAACGCAAACAAUACAGUGUACUUCACAUUCAUGGAUUCCUCCAUUCGCUCCUCCGUCAUAAUCAUCGGCGCCGGAAUUUCCGGUAUUUCCGCAGCGAAAGUGUUGGCCGAGCACGGCGUAGAGGAUAUACUAAUCCUGGAAGCUUCAGACCGAAUCGGUGGCAGGAUCCGUAAGGAAUGCUUCGGUGGUGUGUCGGUGGAACUCGGUGCGGGAUGGAUCGCCGGCGUCGGAGGCCGAGAAUCCAAUCCUGUAUGGGAACUCGCCGUUCAACAUAAUCUCCGAACAUGCUUCUCCGAUUAUAGCAAUGCUCGCUAUAACAUCUACGAUCAAAGUGGAAAGUUGAUUCCGAGUGGAAUCGCUGCUGACUCAUACAAAAAAGCGGUUGACUCAGCGAUCCAGAAAUUGAGGAAUGAAGAAGAUGAAUCCAUCGAUGAUGCGAUUCCGCCUUCGAAGCCCAAAACGCCAGUGGAACUCGCCAUUGAUUUCAUUCUGCAUGAUUUUGAAAUGGCAGAAGUGGAACCAAUAUCUACAUACGUAGAUUUUGGGGAUAGAGAGUUUUUGGUAGCGGACGAAAGAGGGUACGAUUUCUUACUAUACAAAAUGGCUGAAGAUUUUCUCUUCACAUCAGAGGGUAAAAUCUUGGAUGAUCGUCUCAAACUCAACAAGGUCGUCCGGGAAUUGCAACAUUCAAGAAGUGGUGUUACAGUGAUCACGGAGGAUGGUUGUGUUUACGAAGCCAAUUAUGUGAUUCUGUCUGUUAGCAUUGGUGUUCUCCAAAGCGACCUACUUGCCUUCACUCCACCCUUACCCAGGUGGAAAUUGGAUGCCAUCGAGAAAUGUGAUGUAAUGGUGUACACCAAAAUCUUCCUGAAGUUUCCCUAUAAGUUUUGGCCAAGUGGACCCGAAAAGGAAUUCUUCAUCUAUGCUCACGAGCGGAGAGGCUAUUACACAUUUUGGCAGCACAUGGAUAACGCAUAUCCUGGCUCCAAUAUCUUAGUUGUGACUUUGACAAAUGGAGAAUCAAAACGCGUGGAAGCUCAAUCUAACGAUGACACCUUGCGAGAAGCUAUGGCGGUGCUCAGAGAUAUGUUCGGACCCGACAUCCCGGACGCCAUUGAUAUACUCGUUCCCCGCUGGUAUAAUAACAGGUUUCAGCGUGGCAGCUACAGCAACUAUCCUAUUAUCGCCAAUCGUAAAGUUUUUCAUAAUAUUAAGGCUCCUGUCGGUCACAUAUUUUUCACCGGAGAACACACCAGUGAAAGAUUUAAUGGCUAUGUUCAUGGCGGAUAUCUCGCAGGUAUUGACACUGGCAAGGCCUUAGUAGAAGAAAUAAGAAAGAAGAACGAAAGAGAAAGUGAGAACCAAACUCUAUUGUUGGAGCCUUUGCUGGCAUUGACAGGAUCAUUAACAAUGUCAAAACCAGAAACAGUCUCGAAUAUCCACAAAUGCGACAUUCCUACACAAUUAUAUCUCAGUGGCAAGCUUGGGAUCCCAGAGGCCAUAUUAUAAGAACAUAGUUGAUGAAAAGUCACGGUCCGUCCCUAGUCUGGUUCAAGGCCUUAAUACAAUUGGUAUUGUAGAUUGAUUGACAAAAUAGUGGAAGUAUAUGUUGGUGAGUUGAAGAGGUUUUGGGAACACUGCACAGAUGUCUCCUCACUUUAGUUUCAUUAUUCCUCCUAUUGGAGCCAACUAGAUUAUGAUUCUUUUUAAGGGAAUUAAUUGGUAUAGUUUUACAAUUACUUUGUUCUUUAUAGCCAGAAGGAGUAAGGUUACAUUGUAAGGAUGCUUGCUAGCUUGUAUUAUUUUGAUCCUAAUUUGCAAUACAAAGUUCAUGAUUUUUUCAGGUUAAAA